AUGACAUAUGUCAGCCAGCAAGUUAAAAACUGGCAAGUUGGCUUUUGGUGGUUGGUUGUGGGAAAAAUAUCGUUUUAUUGGGCGAAUAGUGUUUUUGCAAUCAUGAAUUUCAAUGCUCAAGCUGGUGCCGAUGGUCGCGCACAUCGUUCGGUGUCCAAGAAGCCAAAACGAGUAAGCGAUGUAAAUGCUAUUGGCUCCACCAUUCCGUACCAACAGAUGACAUCACAAAUCCCGACGAAUCAGUACAUGACCAAUGAUCCUAACAAUCUUUACGGACAGCCGCAAUAUGUACCGCAACCGCAACAACAAUUCCCGAUGGAUCAACAGCAGCAGCCAAACUACUACAUCCCUCAGCCACAAGCACAACCCAACAAUGUACCCCGGCAACCGGGACAGUCAGCUCCAGGCCCGGGUAUGGCGGGCGGUCAGUUCGCAAUGUUUCAGCAACCCAUCGUCCAAGAUAUGGCCAUGCAGUAUGGGCAGAAACUAGCCGACCAGGGCAAGGAGAUUGUUCACAGCCAUAUCGAGAAGUACUUGCCAAUGUCUAAACUGAAGUAUUAUUUCUCGGUGGACAAUAGCUACGUGGUGAACAAGUUGAAAAUCAUUUUCUUCCCAUUCUUGCAAAAGGACUGGGGAAUGAAGUACGAUCACGAUAAUCCGGUUCAGCCACGGUACGAUAUCAAUGCACCGGAUCUGUAUAUUCCGUCAAUGAGCUACAUAACCUACGUGGUCCUAGCGGGCAUUGCAUUGGGCAUGCAAAAUAGAUUCUCCUCGGAACAGUUGGGUAUCCAGGCGUCUAGCGCUUUGGCAUACAGCAUUUUUGAAAUCGUUAUCUACACACUGACGCUUUACAUAGGAAACAUAUCAACGUCGCUAAGUACGUUGGAUUUACUUGCCCUGACCGGUUAUAAGUAUGCAGCGAUCGUUGUGACCGUAGCCGGUACGAUACUGUUGAAACGAAUGGGAUACUAUUUGGCACUACUGUAUUCCUCCGCUAUGUUAGCACUUUUUCUGCUGCGUACCAUGAAGGCGAAGGUAUUAUCCGGACAGGACCAAACGCACGGUGCCGUUGGAUAUGAUCCGUACGGUGGACAGCACCAACACUCUGAUCAUAACGUAGGACGCAAACGUAAGCUCUACUUCCUGUUCCUCGUUACCGGGCUUCAACCGCUGUUGGCGUUUUGGCUUACCGUGCAUCUGAUUGUGAACGAUACGCCGGUGGUAUCAAGUGCGUAA